AUGUCAAAAAUAAUUGGAAUUGAUUUAGGUACUACAAACUCUUGUGUGGCUAUUUUGGAAGGAAAAAAUCCUAAAGUAAUUGAAAAUAAAGAAGGUGCAAGAACAACCCCUUCUGUUGUUGCUAUUAGUGGAAAUGAAAAAUUGGUUGGUCAGCCAGCUCGUCGUCAGGCUGUAACAAAUCCAGAAAAUACCUUUUAUGCUGUAAAAAGAUUAAUUGGUAGAAAGUUUAAUGAUAAAGAAACAGAAGAAGCUAAAAAAUUAGCAUCUUAUAAAAUUGUUGCUUCAAAUAAUAAUGAUGCAUGGGUAGGAGAUUCAAGCGGUAAUAAAUACUCUCCUGAAGAAAUUUCAUCAAUAAUUUUGACAAAAAUGAAAGAAACCGCUGAAGCUUAUUUGGGUGAAAAAGUUACAAAGGCUGUAAUUACAGUUCCUGCAUAUUUUGAUGACUCCCAACGUCAAGCUACUAAAGAUGCUGGUCGUAUUGCUGGUUUGGAAGUAGAACGUAUAAUUAAUGAACCUACAGCUGCAGCUUUGGCAUAUGGCUUGGAUAAAGAUAAAGAUAAAGCAAAAAAGAUCGCUGUUUAUGAUCUUGGUGGUGGUACAUUUGAUAUAUCUGUCCUUGAAAUUAGAGAUGGAGUUUUUGAAGUUCUUUCAACAAAUGGAGAUACUUUCUUAGGCGGAGAAGACUUUGAUAUAGAAAUAGUAAAUUACCUUGCAGAAGAAUUCCAAAAAGAAAAUGGUAUUGAUUUGAGAAAUGAUCGUACUGCUCUUCAACGUUUGAAAGAAGCUGCUGAAAAGGCUAAAAUUGAACUCUCUUCCUCAACACAAACUGAAAUUAAUCUGCCAUUUAUUACAGCUGAUUCAGGCGGUCCUAAACAUUUAACAACAAAAUUGACUAGAGCUAAAAUCGAAGGAUUGUGUGAAAAAUUGAUUAACUCUACAACUGAUCCAGUUUUGAAAGCUUUGAAAGAUGCAGCCUUGAAUGCAAGCGAUAUUGAUGUUGUUAUUCCUGUUGGUGGAAUGACUCGUAUGCCAAAAGUUAAAGAAAAAAUUGAAGAAAUUUUUGGUAAACCUGUUAGUCAGGGUGUAAAUCCUGAUGAAGUAGUUGCUAUUGGAGCUGCUGUACAAGGUGCUAUUUUGCAGGGUGAUGUAAAAGAUAUCCUCUUGUUAGAUGUUACUCCUCUUUCAUUGGGAAUUGAAACUAUGGGUGGCGUGUUUACUCGUUUGAUUAAUCGUAAUACUACUAUUCCAACUAGCAACUCUCAAGUAUUUUCUACAGCAGAAGAUAAUCAGAGGGCUGUAACAAUUAAAGUUCUUCAAGGAGAAAGAGAUAUUGUUAGCAGUGAUAGUCAUAAAUUGCUUGGUCUGUUUGAAUUGACAGAUAUUCCAACUGCCCCAAGAGGUGUCCCUCAAAUUGAAGUUACAUUUGAUAUUAAAGCAGAUGGAAUUGUUAAUGUCUCUGCUAAAGAUAAAGGUACAGGAAAACAAAAUUCUAUAAGAAUUACAUCAUCUGGUGGUUUGUCUGAAGAAGAAAUUCAAAAUAUUAUUAAAGAUAAAGAUAAAUACUCUGAAGAAGAUAAAAAAAUAAAAGAAAAAAUUGAUAUUUCUAAUCAAGCUGAUAGUUUGGUUAGCAUUACAGAAAAAAGCUUAAAUGAGGUCGGUGAUAAACUUUCCCUUGAAGAUAAAUCCGCUAUUGAAAGUAAGUUAUCUGAAUUAAAGGAAGAAGUAAAAAAAUCUGAUUCUACCACUGAUAGUAUUAAAGAAAAACUAAAUGCUUUGUCUGCUGUAUCAGUAAAAAUUGGAGAGGCAGUUUAUGCUCAAGCUAAGUCAGCUGAGGGAUGUAAUUCUGGUUCAUGUCAAGAAUCUGAAAAAAAUACUGGCUCUGAAGAAGAAGUGGUUGAUGUUGAUUUUGAGGAAGUUGAUAAAAAUAAAGGUAAUGAAUAA